AAUACCUUAUUUACCAGAUAAUAAAGUCUGACAUUGAUUUCAACGAAAAUAACAACACCAGCGUUCCAAAGUCAACUAUACUAUUGUGCUCUCUCUGCAGUGCAUGUAUAUGAUCUGCUUGUGUUUUGAUCUUAUCUCCGGAUAUUGCAGCGUGCAGUGUGCUUAAAAAUGUAGCUCCUAUAUGUAAUUAGACCGACCCGAGUGUGGAAGCAUCACUGAUCUUCCAGGUACAUUUUUUUUUUAUCUUCCCACAAUGCUGUGAUGUGCCCGUGACGGACCAUUGAGAUGACGCGGUUAAAGGGCCGAGCUCAGGUGUCCAUAGUGUUGAUGGUGGUGUUUGCUCUGUUGAUCAUCGUCUACCACAUGCUCAGCAGCGAAGUCGAGGAUGCGUCUUCCGCCAAGCUCCGACCCUAUGCCAAGCUCCAGGAGGACGAUGGCUACCACACUGACAACCCAAGAAGCCCGCAGAGCCAGAAGCUCGAGGUGCAGCGGAGUAAGUCCAGAGGACGUGGGAUAGGGGAAUUCGACAACAGCGAUGUCGAUCAGGGCUCGUACCAGAGAAACUCCCUCUACAAGGGACACAAGGUCGUCCACUUGGAUCUGAAGGGCGCCCCGCCUCUGGUCAGUUACUACAAGUACCUAUUUCCAAUGCUGAAAAAGUUGGGGGCCACAGGAAUACUCCUGGAGUACGAGGACAUGUUCCCCUUUAAGGGCGACCUGGCGGACGUGAGUGCUGGAAACUGUUACUCCAAGCAAGACGUCAUGACGAUCCAGGACCUUGCCAAGGAGAACGACCUGUUCAUCAUACCGCUGAUACAGACCUUUGGCCACAUGGAGUUCAUACUGAAGCUGAAAAAGUACAUCGAGUACCGGGAAGUCCAACGCUACCCACAGGUAGUCUGUCCGACUUACAACAAAACUCUGCCUCUGAUUUACAACGUUGUGGACCAAGUGGUGGCCAUGCACCCCAAAAUCCGAUAUCUGCACAUUGGCUCGGACGAGGUCUACCAGCUCGGCGAGUGCAACAGGUGCCUCGAGACCAUGGCUAAGAAGCAAUGGUCCAGGAGACAGCUCUUCCUGAACCACGUGCGGACGGUCGCGUCCUACGUGAAGAGCAAGUAUCCCCGUGUCAAGAUCCUCACGUGGGACGAUGAGUUCCGAGACAUCGAGCCCCAGGAGAUCAUAGAUCAGGGCCUGAACGAGCUCGUGGAGCCGGUGGUCUGGAAGUACACGACAGACCCGAUCUCCAGCCUGCCGGACCAGCUCUGGGACAACUACGCGAGCGUCUGGUCCUCCGUCUGGGUGGCGACGGCCUUCAAGGGCGCCACAGCACCAGAUCGGUACUACACGGACAUCGCCCACCACAUGGAGAACCACCAGCGCUGGCUCGAGAUAAUAGCCCGGCACUCGGACCGGAUCCACUUUCGCGGGGUGAUGCUCACCGGGUGGCAGAGGUACGACCACUUUGGCGUGCUGUGCGAACUCCUGCCCGCGGCUCUGCCCUCGCUGGCCGUGAACCUCGCAGUCCUCCAGGCCCCGGACUACGCGAGCUUCACUGCCGACGUCCCGCGCCGGGUGACCGAGGCCCUGGGCUGCGAGGGCACCAUCACCCUGAGUCUCCCGGAGCCCCAGUACGGCUGGACCAAGUGUACUUACCUCGGGGCAUCCGUCUACUCGGCCGCGCUCCGGUUGCACGCCCUCUGCCAGGAGAUCGCCCGCAUGGAGCAGGACAGCACUUUUCGAGGCUGGCUGAAGCCGUACAACUUGAGGCACGGGUUCUCGAGCCCCAGCCACGUGGAGAGGGCCCUCGCCGAGCUGGACAGGUACAAGAUGGAGCUCGUUUACAUCGAGAAGGAGAUGAGGAACGCUAUCGCGGAGGGGGUCUAUGGCAACUACACGGUUCUGGAGUGGCUGGAGACGUACCUGGAGCCGGUCAACGAGAAGGUCAUGGCUCUGUGGAGCGCGAGGGAGAGGAUACUCGAGCGGGACUCGUGGCCGAGGAGGCCUCUCGAGUUUUAACUUCGUUGAGGCUGUAGCUGUCAGAUGGGUAGUGUGUAAUAUAUGAUCUCUUUUUUGGGCCGAAUCAGUGACGGGAAGAGACACAAAAUCAGGAGAUUAUUAACUGGUUCGGUGCAGGAAAGAGCAUCGAUUUAGGGAGAGUAGAACUAGUCAGUUGGGUUUUUUUUUUUUUUUUUUUUUAUUGUAACUAUCGUUGUGCGAGGUAAUUGAAAAACUUGUAGGCACGAAAAUUUGUUUUUACCGUCCAGUGUAAAAUAGCGUGAUCAAUCGUUGUUAGACAAAAAAAUAAAUCAAAAUUACGUAUAGUCUUGGGGAGGCUCCAAAAUCAUGUACAUACCGCACGAUUGUUCGUUGUAUCGAUGGAUGUUCAAAGGAUCCAUAUUAGACAGCAUAGAUAUUGUAGAAGCUAACUACGUUUCUUAGAUGACAAUGAACUUACAAUUCGGAUGAGUUUGAUAGGAAGAGCGUUAAUUAUACAAAGAUGAUAACGGUCGGAUCUGUGAAGCUAAAAUAUAUUGUCACUUUGUAAGCAUACGUUACGUCAAUUAUGGAACUUGAAGUAUUAAAUUUUUACAUUACAAAGUUAUACUCAUGUAUUGAUAAUUUUGUUUUUUUUUCUAAUUAUUGACGUUUGAAAGACACAAAAUAUGAGUGAGACACUGUUAAAUUUUAGAAAUUUUUUAUUAACAUUACUGUAGCGAGACGUACAGUGUUGAUUAUAUUUACAAAUAUGGAUGUAACGAUUCAGGCACACUCACGUAUAUAAUACUCAGUUGUACAAUUACACAAAGUACUGGAUUCGUUCAAGACUGCGUUGCCAUCCUAGUACUUCCAUUGAAAUAUGUAAAAUCAUUUAUAUAUAUUUAUCGUUUGCUCUCUGUAAAUGUAAAAACUUUAAAAUAAAUGCAUAUAUUGAAGUUGUUUUUACGAAACUCUAUAGACAAUC